CAUCGUUUCAGCUUCACUGGCUUUCAACUCAACAUUCUAAGAACAUCAGAACUUUGAUUUUUUUUUACAUUCUGAUAUUACAGAACCCAACCAAGUGUUCGAUACACUCAGUUACUCACACACAAUGGCCUGCCCCCUUCAGUUCACUCGCGCCUGCAAUAUGGCACCUCCACAGAAGGACACCAACCCGAUCAUUCGUCCAGACAUUGACUGGAUUCCCUCUUACAAAGUCUUCAAGAAACGUGUACAACGCCUGGCAGCACAGAACCUAAACCGUCCCACCACCCUUCCUGCUGGAUGGCCUGCAAAGAUCACAUCUGAACGUGUCUGGUCUGGGUCUGACUUUAAGUCGGAGGACGACUACGUGGUCAAGCUCAGCCAAGAAGACAUUCUGGAGAUUGAGAGCGCACUGGAAUUUUUCAAGACUCUCGACCUUGGCCCUGACGAUGUUUCCAAGAGCAACUUCCCCCUUCCCAACCUAGGCCCCAAGCUCGAGGAAGUCUCCGACAUCAUCCAUAACGGCCGCGGCUUCGUCGUCCUCCGCGGUCUCAACCCAGACAAGUACUCAAGCACGGACAACAUUCUGCUCUACCUCGGCGUCACCAGCUACAUUGCCGAAACCCGCGGGAUGCAGGACUUUGAUGGGCGCAUGAUCCUCCACAUCCAAGCCGUCCGCAAAGAAAGCGACGUCACCCAGCACGGCAGCAUGCCCAACUCGCCCUACGUCAACCGUGCCCAGCCCUUCCAUACUGACCUCUGCGACGUCCUGUCGCUCUACGCUCUGGGCGUGGCCAAGUAUGGCGGUGAAUCAUAUUUAGCCUCAUCAGCCACCAUCUACAACGAGAUUGCGCGCAUGCGGCCGGACGUGAUUCAUGUUUUGGCCCAGGACGAUUGGCCGUUUGACGAGUUUUACAAGAACCAGUAUCACACGCGGCCGCUUCUGUAUAACUUUUCUUCUUCUUCCAGCGUCGAUGGAAGAAAGGAACAUCAUGGCCCAGGCUUCCAGUUCUCCCGCCGCCCGCUCACAGGCGCGCACUUUUCGCCUCACCACCCCCUGGUCCCAGCCAUGAGCGAGGUCCAAGCCGAGGCGCUCGACAUGGUGUAUUUCCUGGCCAAGGAACACGCGCUCGAGAUCCAGCUGCAAAAGGGGGACAUGCAGAUCUUUAACAACUUUGCCAUGUUGCAUGCUAGAAGCAGCUUCGUGGAUGAAGGCGAACACCACAAGAGACAUAUGCUGAGGCUGUGGUUGAGGAAUGAGCAAAAGAUGUGGAGGAGCGACUCGGAAGGGCUGGACAAGGUCGGGAGAGAGGUGUAUGAGUGGGACAAGGAGGAGUGGAGGAGGGAGGUGGGGACCAAGUGGGACAUUGAGCAGAGUCCGCCUGAGUUGAGGGUGGAUUUCAAGAGGGCUAGUUGUGCUUGAGUGACGGAGUCGCUGAACUCUGGGUCGUCGAGUUGACGAGUGUGUAGAGAAAGAGGGUAGGCGGUUUGUUUGAGGGGAUGUUUGGCUUUUUGUUGGUUCAGUCUGCUUGUAACGGAGGUACUUUCUGGAAGUAUUCUGGUUUCAGCAUACUUUUGUGGUUCGACUGGCCGAGUGGCUUUUUGAUUUCGAGACUGUAAGCUUUUGAAGACGCAAGACUUCCUUUCUUUUCACCUACUAAUGUACCUACUCU